AUGCUCCAUGAACUUUUAUUAGCUUUGUCUGGAGUCGGAGGCGAGCUUUUCGUUCCUCAUCCUCCACCACCUGAGAAACCAGUUACCUUUAAAGUGCCUGCGGACUUUCCUUUCUUACAUACGGCUGAACGCUGCUCUCUUGAGCGUCUUGCUAAAUUAGGAUUUCACUACAAAAGUAUUAUAAACUUUCUAGACAGGCAGCGUGGAAGGGAAUGGACAGAGUUGCAUGCGCGGGAAGAAGUAAUUGAUAGGGGUGAAACUGAACCUCCUGGACUAUUUGUGCAAACUCUUUGUAAUGCUAUUAACGAGGUCUUAUCGGACUAUCGGCAAUUAAUUGUCGAUUCAGAGAAAAGAAUACUUAAUAAAGACGUUGAUAUGAAUGGUGUCGUACCUAUUGCACAUUUGUCGCAAGCCUUUGGAGAAUAUCAAGUUAUUUUACCGCAACUUCACAAACUUGUCCAAGAAAUAGAAGACAAUCCGGUAACAUAUCAUGGUGCUCGAUUACUUAACCUCAUUACUGAGAAAUGUAAUACUGGGGUACCAGAAUUGAGAACGAUAAUGUUAAAACUGCUUCAUGCUUGUCAUGGAGAAAUGUAUCAGCACAUUACUUCUUGGAUGGUUUAUGGACAUCUACAAGAUCCAUUUGAAUAUGAACAAUACUCUGAAACUAGAUGGCAACGGCGCUUCGUUCUCGAUGAUUCUUUGAUUCCGAAACACAUACCACGUUCAAUAGCAGAAUCGAUUUUGUUUGUUGGGAAGGCUGUUGCGAUUGUGAGAGAUGCAUCAAAAAUGCCACAUACCAAAACCGAUCUCCCAAAAUCCAUUACGACAUUACAUCUACAGAAGCUAUUAGAGCUAUCCUCUAGGCCACAAUUUCAUCAUAUGGAAUUACAGAAUGUAAUCACUAUAAUACGAAACAAUGUAGCGCAAUGGCUAUGGCAAGUCGUUCUAACUGGAGAUAAGGUUAUCGAAUGUCUAGAAGCAUUCAGAAAAUAUUUUCUCCUUGGUCAAGGCGACCUCGUUUCCGCUUUAGUUGACCAGUUUGAGAAACUUGCAGUAUCGAGACUUGCAUCUGCUAGGAUGUCUGUGGUCAAAGAGCAAGAACUGAAUUCGUUACUUGUACGCGCGCAAGUGGGAUCUUCCGUCGAGAACGAUUCAAUGUUUGAUAAAUUUACAUUCAAACUUCCUAAUAAUGCUAACGACCAACAAACAUCUUCGUCCGGUAUGUUUGAUGACUUUAUUCUUGGAGUACCGCUUCGUCUUGAGUAUGAAAUUACCUGGCCUCUCGAUUUGUUUGUCACAGCGGAAGACUUGUCAAAAUAUGGAGAUUUGUUUUCUUUUUUGAUAUCUUUGCGUCGGACUCAACAUCGUCUUGAAAGGGUUUGGGUGCAUCUAUCAGCUAUGCAUAAAUAUAUGGCUAAUGCUACUACGCGACAGGCCAAUGAUUCACAUCUUCUGUGGCGAAUACGAGCGGCCAUGAUAUUCUUUGUUAACUGUCUUUGGGAGCACGUUCAGAUGGACAUAAUAGAGAUAAAUUUCAAGAAUUUGGUUAAUCGCAUUUCCGCUUCGUCUACGCGUCAUAAACUUGCCCAACCCUCACUCACUUCCCUAGACUCGCCCACCUCGCCUUCAGUCCCCACAAGCCCAAUAAAACCUGAUGCGGAAUUAGGAAAGGAUGUGGAAACCUUGCGUGAUUUUGAAGAUAUACGUCUCGGUCACAGUUCCUACAUCAGAGAUAUGCUUCGCGGAUGUCUGGUAGAAUCACGUGUUUGUGCAGAUACUAUAAAGAAAGCACUAAAGUGUUGUGACCAACUGUGCGCAAUCAUUGAAAGAUGGGAUGGGCGUUCGAUCGACGACAAACGAUUGGAACAUAUUAAGAAAAUUGACCAGGUAUUUCGCGACCAUACAAACUUUUUGUUCCGAACGUUGUCGGGUAUCAAUAAAACGGGAGAGGGCUUCGGCGGACCGCUACGGCACCUUGAACAACUACUGCUGCGUUUGGACUAUAGCAAGUGGUAUUCUGCAUGGACGGCAUAA